AUGUGUCGACCUUCACCCACAACCUGGGAAUCAGUAACAUUAAUAAUAAAACACAUGAAGAACACCAACUCAUGUGGAUUUGACGGCAUCCGACUAGGUUACAUAAAAGACUCCCUCCCAGUGAUCAUCACCUACCUCACCUGUAUAGUAAACACUUCCAUAGUGACAGGGGUUGUCCCCACGGCUUGGAAACACUCUAUCAUUGUACCGGUCUUUAAAUCAGGGAACAAAUACACUGCUCUUCUCACACUCUCCAACACAUUAUAUGCAAAUAUGGACAAGAAGAAAGUGUCUCUUAUCACAGUGUGUGUGACCUGUCCAAAGUUUUUGACAGUCUUCAUCUCUGACAAAAAUAAUGUGAAGUACGGAGUACCACAAGGAUCAGUGUUGGGCCCCAUUCUGUUCAAUAUAUACGCAAAUGACCUUUCCUAUGCCUUCUCCGAUUGCUGA